GUAUCUGUCGACUAGGCCGAAAACAAGAGCAGACGAGAAGGACUGCAGUGCGCAUUAUCAAAUUGCGCGCCAGCAAUCCUAAUCACAAUCCUAACCAGUGUUAAUUUCGCUCUGAUUGAUUGUGGAGUCGGUUCUGGACCGACCGCCCGUCGCCCGCCAGUGGAUCGAUAUACUACUAUCCAUCCUAUCUCCAGCCCGAUUCCAGUUCUACUACAUAUCACCCUCGGAAUCGAGUCAGUCAAUUCGUUCACACCAGUUCCCGCCUCGCCGUUUCGCACCGUCCCAACGUGUCAAGCCUAACCCGCUGUCUGCCGUUCCUUUCUACCCACCCGGAAUCAAACAUGACCAGCGGACAGUCCCAUCCCCAGUCCCAAUACCUACCCGAAGGUCUCCUUGCUGUCGAUCGCAACCGCCAACCCAAGUCGAAGACGCAUCCCAUUUAUGCACCGUUCGCGCAGGAGCCGCAGGCUCUAACCGUUGCCGACGCACUGAAUCGACGCAAUGCACAGGCAAACCACGUAGCACAGCUUUACGGCGGCUCCUCCAACGGCACGAAUUACAUAUGCGAAGAACCAGAGCCUUCCAUACCGACCGCCCCUGCCCCUAUCGUGUCGAGCGGCCAAAUCCAGUUUCAGUCGCAUACCACAGCCCCGUCCCCGCCCCUACCGCAGCGCGAGUCACAAGGUCCCUCUUCGGUAGGGGACGACGCGGCCUAUUCCCCCUCCCCGUCGAGAAGGGGCGACAACCCUCUACACAUCGCUACCGACGUCCCGCCUACCCUUCCCGCACGGUCCGAUAGCCUCAACAGCAACCCCAGCAGCUUCCCAACAUUUCGAUCCGGCCUGCCUCUGCAGAACAAGACCUCGUCCCCAAGCCUGAAACCUGUCUCGCGAACCCCCAGCCUCAAGCAGCACUUGUCGAGAGGCAUCGGAUCCGCCGCCAGCUCGACGUAUCCGAGUCCUGUAAUAUCUGCUAUGGGCGAUGUCACUCCGCUACCAUCGCCGUUGUUAGGAGGUGAUUCGCCUGGUCCGUGGAAGCGACUUAACCCCCGCCGGUCGUCGCAGACGCGGGACAUUAUGGCCCCCCCGGUUCCGCCAGAGUCGGUACUGAUAACCACAAGCGGCGAGUCUGUAGCCUCAGCGCUGGCAAACCAGUCUAAGAGGAAGGUGUAUGCCGGGCUCAAUGUCAGCCACGCGCUCGAAACCAGCAGUGGCAAGGUUGAACAUACUCGUAACAGGAGCAUCAGCGAAUACAUACCCGAUCCGAAAGGGAUACCGAAGAGGCAGCAUACCGUUUCGGGAAAAGUCGACGGGAAGGAGGUAGAUGGCACCUUGGAUCCCCACCUACGCCGAGAACCGCACCUCUCCGAGUCGAGGGGGAUCAGGCCGGUCAGCAAACCGCCGACGCCCCCACCCAGUGAAUCUUCCCAGAGCAGUGACGGCUCGAGUUCCAAGCGGCCUCGCAUAGAGUAUUUCGAGGCUCAUGGUAGACACGACCAGAGGCUCAGACGAUGGCGCGCUGUUAAAGAACUAGGCCAAGGUACCUUUAGUCGAGUUAUGUUGGCAACGAGCCAGGUCGCUGCGGGCGAUGGUGAGAACCAAAAUGCAGUCGGGAACGGGCCGAGUGCGCCGGCAUCUCCCGACGCCAAUCCCCACCCCGAUCGCAAAACUCUGGUGGCUGUAAAGAUAUGCGAACACGGGCCUCGCGGCGGUGCCUCCGAAGAGCGUAUCGAGAUGAGCCUUAAACGAGAGCUAGACAUCAUGCAGUCGAUAAGCCACCCAUCACUGGUUCACCUGAAAGCCUGGAACAUCGAGCCGUCGAGAGCCCUCCUGGUUUUAAGUUAUUGCCCAGGCGGCGAUCUUUUCGACGUCGCGACCACAUACCGAGACGCGCUGACGCCACCGCUAUUACGAAGGAUAUUUGCCGAACUAGUGGGGGCAGUGGGGUAUCUCCACGAACGUCGGAUCGUUCACCGGGAUAUCAAGCUCGAGAACGUGCUUGUUAACAUCCCGCCGGCUGAACUCGCAAAGCCGGACCAAGAUUGGACCGUUUACCCGUACUCCGUUAUCACGCUUACCGACCUCGGCCUGUCACGACGCGUGGCCGACGACGAGAAGUUGGAGACUAGGUGCGGUUCCGACGACUAUGCUGCGCCCGAGGUGAUACUGGGACAGCCGUACGACGGACGCGCUGUCGAUGCCUGGUCUCUGGGGGUCCUCCUGUAUGCUCUCAUCGAAUCGCGGUUGCCCUUCGACCCCCCACCCGGUGCGAGCGACGUCCAGAGAAUGCGUAGCAGAACGAGCCACCGGAUUGCGCGUGUCGAGUGGAGAUGGAUCAAGUAUCAAGGCGACGACGGCGACCACGAUGCGAGCGAGGCGAAGUUUGAGCAUGACGGCUUGAAGGGGGCGAUGGAAAUCACCGAAGGCCUCCUAAAACGGGCCAGAAGUCGCUGGCCUAUGGAGAAAGUGGCAGAGCACGAAUGGGUCAGCGGCGGAAUCGAGGUUGAAGGCGGGAUAAAAUUCAGAGAGGAGGAGGAAGGCGAGGAGGUGUUUUGACCUAGUCCUACUACGUC